AUGUCACAGCCAUGCUGAGUAAGUUGGAUGGGAAGACCCCACUACCAAGAGUCCCUCUAGACAAGGCCAUUCCCAUGAUGCCCUCUGCUGACUGCUUAGAGUGGGUCCAAGAUGGCCAGCCCCAGUUUGGCAGAAAGCUUACACGCAAAGGAGAGCGGGUCUUGAUAGAGAAAUAUGGUGGUGCUGUCUGGCUGACUGAGAUGGAUCAUCUAGGAGUUCCUUUCUACCAGGCAUAUGUGGAGGGCACUGGGAGGUGUAAAGCCAAAGCUGCUGACCUUCUUCUGGGGCUGGGUGAGACUGUGGGUCUUGGUGAACGUCAUUCCACCCCAGAGAUGGUACAGGAGGCCCUGAGGCACCAUGCAGUGCCAGAGCAGUCCUACAAAUGGUACAUUAACAUGCGGCAAGUGAAACCACUCCUCACCAGUGGAUGGGGCAUGGGGACGGAGCGCUACUUGUGUUGGCUGCUUCAGCACCAUGACAUCAGAGAUAUACAUAUCAUUCCUAGGAUGAAAGGAAUGAAGUACAUGCCGUGAUCAUAAGUUCUCCACAA